UAGAGUUUACAAGGGGGAAGUCUCAGUUUCAGUUUCAGUUUCUCAGUUUCUUUCCUAAAAAUUUUGAAUACAGUUUUGGAAAUAUUUAAAAUAUUUCGAAAUAAUGUACGGAGGAGGAAGCGAAGGACAGGAUAGACCCCAGCAACAUAUCCACCCUUCAGAACAGCAGCAGAUAUAUCAGCAGAAAUAUAAAUUUACACCGGAAGAAAUUCGUGCACUAAAGGAAUGCAAUCGUGAAAGCUUCUACUUCAGGUGCUUGCCAUUAGGAACAACGUUAGGAGUUGGAACUUACUACGCGGUUAGGACAGGAUAUUUCAAACCAAGUGCGAGAUGGGGAGCUGGACCCAAAAUGUUUGCAGCCUCGGUUUUUGGCUACUUUAUCGGUAAAUUAUCUUACCAAGGACAAUGUGCCGAGAAGCUCAUGCAAAUCCCAAACAGCCCGUUGGCCGAUAUGUUAAGAAAACAAAAGGGGAGGAUGGGUUUUCAAGAAACGCUUGGAAUUGAGCCUGGAUUUGUGAGUGCGGGUCCGAUCGGUGGUCCUGCCUUUCCAGACUCUGAAUAUUCCCCCAAAAAAGAACCCGGUCAGUUUACGGAUGUUGGUGAUACUCGACCACUGGUGACAUUUGAUACGGAAACUGCUUCCACGUUUGGUGGAGUUGAUUAUGGAAAGUAUGACACGACGCAGCAAAUGUUGAAUGAUGAUAAUCUUCCGCAAAGGAGGUCACAAACGUUUACUACGUCAUACGAUGAGCUAAGAAGGUCAAAUAGGGAUGAAUUUGAACACAAGGGUAGCUCUCCUGCACCUUCGAUGCCAGCCCCACCACCCGCGAGAGGUGGAUCCUCUGAAGGGCAACCACACCAGAGUCAAUAUCCCCUACGAAACAAUAAUAAUGAAGGUGGUACAAGGGUACGGAAGAAUGCUUACGGUGAUGUCUGGGAUGAAAAGACACAGUGAAAGUAACGAAACUUUCAUAUAAUUUUUAGGUAAUGCAUAUUAAGAAAAUCCUCUUUACAAUUAGUAAAAUUAUAUAUAGUGUUAAUUAUAGUUAACUCUAAUGACGUGUUGAACAAUAUCUAGUCUAGAGAAAAGACGCCAAAAUUAACUCGCUAAAUUUAUCAUAAUUUUUGUGAAAUGAGUAAUUUUAAAAAACUCAAUUCAGGAUUAAAACACGUUUAUUCGUUCAAUUCAA